AUGAGAGUUGAAACAAUCCAAGAGGAGGAAGUUGAGGAAGAGGAUAGUAAUGGGGAUGAUGUGGUGGAUGCCAAAGAGGAUAUCGCGGCGUUGGAGGACGACCCAGCGGAGAUGGAAGUGGAAUCCGACGCUGUAGUAUCUCUGGCUCUUCGCAACUACGAAAACUACCACGGAUUGGAGAAUGGGACAGCGACCUACGAUCAGGUCCGCGGUAGCUCAGCUGGCAUCCAGGGCUGGCCUUCCACAGUCAUCAACCGCUCUCCCACGGAUGCUCCUGCACGGGCAAACGACAAAGCGGGAGAGCAUGAGGGGAAAUUGAAGGCUUGA